GGCGCGGCGCGCGGGAUGUGGGCGCGCGCGGUGCUGGCGGGCGCGGCGCUGUGCGCGUGCGUGCGCGCGUGGCCGGGCGGGCCGGUGUGCGCGCGGGAGGCGGCGGGCGCGGGCGGCGCGCGGUACGUGGCGUUCCUGAGCGCCGGGCCCGCCGGGGCCGCGCUGCUCGAGAGCGUCUGGGCCGCCCCCGGCCGCCUCCGCGCCUGCUGGGCCCGCCGCGACCCGCGCCUCGUCCGCGCCUUCCGCGCCGCCUGCGCGCAACGCCCGCCCGCCGCGCCCGGGGCCGCGCUGCGCCGGGCCCUGGCCGCGCUGUGGCGGCGUCGUGCCGCCUGCACCGACCCCGCGCCGCCGGGACCGCAACGCCGCCGCCGCCGGGGCUGGACGCUGCCGGGAACGCUGUGGUGCGGCGCGGGGAACUCGGCGGGGAACUGGAGCGAGCUGGGGCUCUUCCGCGGCCCCGACCGCUGCUGUCGCGAGCACGACCAGUGCUGGGCGCAGAUCACGGCGCUGCAGUUCAACUACGGCAUCCGCAACUACCGCCUGCACACCGUGUCCCACUGCGACUGCGACGCCAGGUUCCGGCGGUGCCUGCUCGCCAUCAACGACACCGUCUCCAAUAUCAUCGGCGUCACAUUCUUCAACCUGUUGGAGGUGCCGUGCUUCGUGCUGGAAGAGAGCGAGAAGUGCAUCCAGUGGCACUGGUGGAGUGGGUGUGAGCGCUACGGAGUAGUGCCUCUGGCCAGGAUGGUGCAGCAGAGUCAGUACCACCCCAGCCUACCAGCAGAGGAGAGGGGCCGCCCCACUGUGCAGCCACUGGGCCAGGGAAGGAGUUUCUCUAGAACAGGGCGUAAGCGGUUUCGACAGGGACUGAGGGCAAAGCCUGGGCGCCGCAAGGCAAGGAGACCUAAGACAGCCCAGCAGCCACAGGGCCCAGGUACCCCUGCGUCGGCCAGGGUCAAGGCUGAGCUCACAACCAGGCACCCGGCAGUGCAGUGGGGGCUAGAGCCUGGCUGUGCAACAGCACUGACAGUGUCAGGACAGGAUUUGGUUGGAGCAGAGCAAGGAGCUGGAAUCUCAGCACGUCCUCGGCAUGGCAGCCUUGGACCCAGCCCAGCCACAGCGCAGUGUGGAGCCACCCCCGUACCAGCUGUGCAGGGGCUCAGGCAGCAGGGCCCGGGCAGGGGGUGUAGGUGCAACAAGCACCUGGCUAAGUGUGAGCACCAGAUCGCACCCCAUGAGGUAAGGUACCAGCUACACAACGUGGACAGCCGGACGCUCUUCCACUGCAACUGCACGCGCAGGCUGGCACGGUGCCUCCACAGGGCAAGGGACUGCAGUGACAUGGACUUGGCUGUCCUGGGUGACCGCAUCACCACGGACUGCUUUGUGCUAGAGCUGCCUGCUGCCUGCAGCCCAGGCAGCGGGUCACAGCGCAGCAGCUGUACCAUGGUGACCAGGGCUGUGCUUGUACCUGCACAGCAGCUCAAAAAGGUUCUAAGACGCUGGGGCCCUCUGCGUGUGAGCUCCAAGGCCAAGCAUCUACACGGGAAGACACAUGCCAGGGGAGGCACCCUCUGUGAGCAGUGCCAGCAUCUGGCUGUAGAGCAGACACCAGCUUGGCCCCACGCAGUGCUUUGAUGACACCCAAGCAGCGCUGCCUUGGGGAAGAAGGGGAGGAAGAUGUGCUGUGCAGCAGCUGCAGUUGGGACCUGCUUGGGGUCUGGUCCUCAAGUCAAAGGAUGGCACUGAGCAUGGCUGUUAGCAUAACAGCAUGGAGCUGGGGACGACAGCCAGAGCAGGCAGAGGGGCUGAGAAGCCUCUCAAGGAGCUGUGGCUGCCAUCCAUGAGUAUCAAAAGCAAGGGGAAAGAAAUAGGAGGGCUCAGGAAAGAGGAAACCCAUUGUCCUUCCCUGGUGUGCUCUGGGGCAGGGGGGAUGGCAGGGCACCCCACCCCUAAAUUGGUGACCCUUCAAGUGGGGGGCCUGGGCAGUGAGGUGUAAUCCUGACCCUCUUGCCCAGGCAGGGUAGGAGGGCUGAGGUCAGUACCUGAAUGCAGCAGAAAAAAUAAAGGGUGGGUGGUCAGAGCAUGGUGUAUGGUACAA